ACGCGGGGGAAAUGCAACGAUGUGAUCUUGGCCUGGGGCUCCGUCGGGUUGGGGGGCGACCGCUGCGCAGAUGAUGGACUCCAUGUGGCCCCCCCCGGUGGUCUGCGUCCAGCUGUCAUGGCCCGGGGACCAGCGAGCGAAAAGCGUCCAGUUCCAGCUCCACAACACUCAGGUGUGGCUUUGUUUCUUACUUCUCAGCUUCUUGAGUAUUUCAACCGUCGCUGUUUCUGUAGCUGAUACAGCAGAUUUACAGUUUUGCUUGGGGAUGCUCAAACACACCAUUCAGAAAUCGGACGCCAUGCUGUAUGCUCCGUCCAUUGACGACAUUGAAGAGAACUGUGAAAAUGUUUCGCUCAAAUGUUACAUGUUGGAGCUGAUAAUGGUCCUCGAUGAAGAAGAAGUCAAGGGGAAUAAAGCGAGCUGCAUCCUUGCAUUCAACGACCAUCUUGACUCUGGCUCUGUUGGCUGUCGACCCUGUGAAGCAUACUCCCUCCAAAAUAUUACAAUAUUCCUGGAGAGACUAAAUACCCUUUUGGAAAAAAUGACAACAAAGGGGAAUAUGUAGUAUGAUGCAAACACGUGUUGCUACAAAUCUGUAAUUGUAUAUAUUGUCUUAUAUAAAAAUGUUUUUAUUUUUUUGUAAAUAUCAGAGACUAACAAACCACGCCUUCCUUAUGAAAUGUCAUGUCAUUUUUAUAUAUCUGAAACAGCUGUGAAUGUACAUGAUGACACUGUUUUGAGAUGAGGAAGUAGCAUGCAGUUGCAGCAUAUACACAGAAUGUAUACAUUUUUUAAAGCUGGAAACACCUGACUGUACUGCCUAAUAAACAGUAUUUAUGCCCUCCAAUAAAUGAUACCCUUCCUA